GAAAGCGGAGUUGGACUUUGACAUUUCAAUCAACUAGAUUUUAAACUGUAAUCGAGUAGGAAAUUGAAACAAUCAGGACAAGAGCAGCUUUAUAGCUGUUGACCGUGAAUCAACGUAGACUUGUAGUUCCUACUCUCCCUUCGAACAAAACGAUACAAAUCAAAAAAUGUCUGAAAAAAGCAGCCCAAUUAAAUACUUUCUGAGUGGUGGAUUCGGUGGUGUAUGCACAGUGUUAGCUGGUCAUCCUAUGGAUACAGUGAAAGUAAGAUUGCAAACUAUGCCACUGCCGAAGCCAGGCGAAUCGCCCUUGUACAGCGGUACUUUCGACUGCUUCAAGAAGACUAUCAAUAAGGAAGGUUUUCGUGGUUUGUACAAGGGCAUGUCGGCGCCCUUGACUGGGGUAGCGCCUAUUUUCGCGAUCAGUUUCUUCGGAUUCGGGCUCGGUAAGAGACUGAUAGCUCGUUCUGACGACCAGGUGCUUUCUAAGCCGGAGCUGUUCGCCGCGGGCGCCUUCUCCGGGAUCUUCACAACGUCCAUCAUGGCGCCCGGCGAGCGGAUCAAGUGCCUGCUGCAGAUCCAGCAGGGCGGCAAUGCGCCGCAGAAGUACGCUGGCAUGGUUGACUGUGCCAGACAGUUAUACCGGGAGGGUGGCAUGAGGAGCAUCUACAAGGGCAGUGUAGCAACUAUUUUAAGAGAUGUGCCAGCCAGUGGUAUGUACUUCAUGACCUAUGAAUGGGUAAAAGAAGUGUUGGUGCCGGCCGAUGCAAGCUCUAAAAUGAAAAUGCUGGCUACUAUAGUUGCUGGUGGCUGUGCUGGAAUAGCUAACUGGCUGGUAGGCAUGCCAGCUGAUGUGUUGAAGAGUAGGCUGCAGACGGCACCUGAGGGAACAUAUCCUAAUGGUAUGCGAGAUGUGUUCAAGCAGCUGAUUGAACGAGAAGGCCCAACAGCCUUGUACAAAGGUGUAACUCCUGUCAUGCUCCGAGCAUUCCCGGCAAAUGCAGCAUGCUUUGUUGGCUUUGAGCUAGCCAUCAACUUCUUGGACUGGGUUGCACCAAACCUUUGAUAGUGUUAUAAGCAACUAGAUCAACAAGAAUUAUUUGUACAGUAUACUAGUAUAAGAUUCCUCUAAGUUUUAAAUGCAAUCUAACUGUAGAAAGAUGUAAAUCAGAUAUAUUUUUUGGCUUGACUCAUAACAGUGCUACUUGCACUUGAUGCCAAAAUAAAUGAGCUUUAUUUGGCAGGUAGUAUUGUAAGAGAUCAUGUUUAUUUUUUAUUACAAUUUGUUUACAACACUGCCUAAUGUGAUUUGGAAUUAUUUAAAGGAAAAUGUAUACAAUUACAUGAUUUGUUUACAAGUUGUGUGUAAUAAAAAAUGAAAAAUAUAUGGGAUUAUCUGGGUCUGCAGUAUUAUACUAAAAUUUUGUCUAAGUAGACUUAGCAAACCAGAAAUUAUUUGUAAAAAAGAAAUGAUUAUUCUUUCUUCUUCCUUUGUCUCAAUUUCUCAUUAGUCUCUCAAAUUCUGAUUCAAUUUAAUCUAAAUUACGUCAAUGAAAGAGCAUAUUACGAAGCACAAUUUCUGUUUGCCUUUACCUGGGUUAAAACCUUUUUCUGUAAUCCUUGAUAAUAACAUACUCAACUGUAAGACAAAUGAUUCAUAGGAUAGGGAAAAAAUAUGUCCAUCUACUAUAGGUACUGUAGAUUUCAGUAAAAAAAUGGUCACAGAUGUAGUGAUUUUUUUAUUACACAAUGUAAUAUGUAAUUGUGUACAAUUUCAUUUGUCUCCCUUAUAAAGCUUAUCAGUUUUGAUAAAUACUCUCAAUAUUAGGAUUUUUUAUUGUAUACUAAAGUAUACAAUCUUAGUACUUGAGGAAAACUGGUUAGCAUUAUCAGGGUCUCAACCUAAGCCACAAAUAGAUAUUUUUAAUUUAUGUAGUUGUUUUCUUUAGUGUUUAUAUUAAAAUGUUAUUACAGACAAUAGAAUGUUACAGAUUAUAUGACAGAGAUGAGGUUUUAAGUGCCUUGUAUUAUACAUGUUUACUAUGAUAAUUUUUGUGUAUUUUUAACUCCUUACACUUUGGACUGCAGACUGAUUGUGCAGAUAAAGACAUUUAUCAAUAUUUACCUUUCAUGUGUGUAGUGGUGGUCAAAAAUUGUGGGUUCAAACAUCCGUUGUACUGUAUGUAGCAGAACAACUGUUCUCGAAGAAAAAAAGCAAAAAGAUGACUAAACAUUCAGUAAAGCUCUUAACCAUACACAGACUUGGGGGAUUUAACAACUUGAGGCUCGUCUGUAAUUUUCUGUACUAAACAGUCUGCCGAUGAGGGGUAUGUCAAAUGAAUGGCUAUUUAUGUGAAACAUACUAAUAGCCAUGUCAGAUAAAUGUCAGCCCAUACUUAAAACUAGUUGGUCAUAACCAUUGGGCGAGGUUGUCGAUUGAAGGGUAAGCUCUUAAUGCAACUCCAGUAUCCUCUUUGAAAAUUUUUGUUUAUUGUAUAAUACCAUUCUGUAUAUUAUCUUGUAGGUAGAUGGUGGUGGUCAUUCUCAGUAAAUUGCACAAAUUACUUAAAACAAAACCUUAAAAAAAUACAACAAACAACAAGUCAAUACUUGCAAAUAUUUAUUUACCAGUCAUUUAUUACUUCAUAAUAACUUGAACAUUUUAGUAAAACUCUCUUCUGAAAUUGA